AUGACAACUGUAGCAACCCCCUACGGCGCCGAUGGUGCUGAAAUGCUUGAUGAUGCCCGAGUAAAAGAACUGCUGAAUCAAGGUUUCUCUUUUGGUUUGAUCAAGGCGUUACAGUCCAACAAAGAGUGCUUUCAUUAUCGAAUAUGGAUUGUCGAUAACAGUGGUUCCAUGGCCAUUGGGGAUGGACGGACAUUUGCAUUGACUAGCAAGGGUAAAAUUGAAGCUCGCUAUGUCACCCGCUGGGAAGAAAUUCAAGAAACCGUCCUCUAUCAUGCCGAAUUGGCCGGGACGCUCGGCAUGACGACCAAUUUUCGACUCCUCAAUCCGGUCAAUAAUGAACCCGAUGAAUUCACCGUAUUUGCCAAUGGACACGAUGGUGUCAAUCAAGAAUUACGACGCGGUCGGAAUGUCAUUAAUCGAGCCAAACCUACUGGUGUCACGCCACUGACGGCACACAUUCUUCAUAUUGAACAGCAAAUUCAAGAAAUUGCCGAUAGUCUCCGAGAACGAGGGCAGAGAAUAACUGUUGUAUUGGCAACAGAUGGACUACCAACCGAUGACGAGGGCGGGGAGAGCGAGGAAGUAUUCCAAGACUUUAUCUCGGCCUUGCGAAUGCUGGAGGGAUUGCCGGUAUGGGUCGUCAUUCGAUUGUGUACCAAUGAAAAGAAGGUCACCGAGUUUUAUAAUCAAAUUGAUGAAGUGCUAGAGUUCAACCUAGAAGUCCUGGAUGAUUAUCUGGAUGAAGCAAAGGAGGUUUACAAACACAACAAAUGGCUCAAUUAUGCAUUGCCCAUGCAUCGAUGCCGUGAAUUGGGGUAUCAUGACAGACUCUUUGAUUUGCUUGACGAGAGAAGACUGGGUAUUGACGAACUGAGGAGUUUCUUUUCGCUGCUAUUUGGAACCGAGCUCCAUCGCAUACCAGAUCCCACAGUCGAAUGGAAGACGUUUCUGCAGUUUGUGCAGGAUUCACUGGAGCGGGAAAAGGUGCAAUGGGACCCAGUAAAAAAGAAGUCACUGCCGUGGGUGAAUCUCAAGCUGUUGAACAAGUGCUAUGGCAAAGGUACCUGCAGUGUCAUGUAA